UGAUUUUACUUCGCUUUUUUUUUUGUCGCGAGUGCAAUGGUGAACUGUGACGUGUAAAUUGUUUGUUGGAUUAACACUUGAGAUUUAUUUGGCCCGAGAUCAUAAAAAAGAGAAAAAAAAAGGAAAAAAAGGUAGAUUGAGACGAGAUCCAGCUGUUGUGCGGUUCCAAUGAGGUUCUCACAAGGACGUAUUUACGCACUCAGAAAGUCGUUCGUGUACCGGUGGGAAAGAUUGAAAUUUUAACGAACCACAUAGGAAGUGCAACGAGAAACUGACAGAGAGAAGAGAUUGAGAAUUUAUAUAUAUAAAACGAGAGGCUGACCGGUGGCUGGUCAAACGCAUCUUGUGGUUUUGCGUUUUAACGGUAUUGAGAGUUAAAAUACUCAUUCGUUUUGUAUGAGGCUGAGGCCUAAUCGAAUUCCAGAGAUGAUACGAGUUGGUGUGUGGAUGUGGGUAAUCGUUGGGGCGUAUCUCCUGCACUACGCCUACGGUCAUGUUGCCCUCAAGUUCCCACGUGCAAGAAAGUAUGAUCUUGAUUUUUUGGACAGCGCUAGAACACCAGGACCUUGUGGAAUGCCUAGAGGAGAAAUAAAAACGAGUUUUCUUGCCGGAAGUAAGUUUAACGUAACCUGGCAUCUGGCGUAUCCUCACAGGGGUGGAUUCAGACUGCAAAUUCUUGAUGCCCUCGAUAGGCCACUCAUCGACCUCACACCUGUUACGAAGCAGAGCGAAUUCGUCGAGGAUGAUGCAACGGCACAGAGUUAUCCCGUUGAAUUACCACAGAAUUUCACCUGUACAGAUUGUACAGUGAGAUUGCUGCGUGAGGCUGAGGAGUGGGGAUCAAAUUACAGGUUCUGGUCCUGUGCGGAUAUUGACAUAAUCGAGAAGAAGACGUACAGAGAAGAUUGCAGCGGUCAUGGAAGAUAUCUAUUGGGUAGAUGCAGGUGUGAUCGGUUUUAUCACGGCUCUAGGUGUGAAUUCAGAGAGGAUUGCCUGGACGACUCAGACUGCGGUAAUCAGGGAACAUGUGUCGACAAUGGUGGAACAACAGCCCCCACCAAACAUUGUUAUUGCAAUGUCGGAUGGUUUGGUCCUGGAUGUAGCAAACGAUCACCGGUGAAGACAACGGAAAUUGAUCUCGACGGUUACACGAUGAAACGUUUUUCCGAUGACUUUGCAUUUUACUGGAGAAUCCUCAAGGACACGAGUGAAUUAGAAGGUGUAAUAGUGGUGAAUGGUACAUCGUGGGUUGGCGUUGGUUGGAGACCAAGUAGUUUGACCCCAGAAUGCCGCGCCUUCCCCGAGAUUCAUGGUAAGAGCGAAGAGGCUGAGCCACUGCCACGUCCCGAGCCAAAAUCCGAGCCUACGGCUAGAUUUAAUGCUGCCAAGGCCAACCAGCCAUCAGUAGAUCCUGAGCCUGAGGCAACGGCCCCCAAGAAUGGACGCAAACAUCCACCAAAACUUGGAAAUCCAUCUGGUGAAGCCGAUAGCGAGCCUGAACCGAGUGCUGAGCCAUCAAGAUCAGGGGCUAAACGACGAUCGGCAAAACCCCAUGAUCUCGGUGUUACACCAAGAAUUGAUACUGACGUGACAGUUCAAACGAGCGUUACUUAUCGCGUCAGCACUAAACAAGGUCGUAAGAAGAGAUCCCCAGAGUCACUAAGUGCUGAGCCAACUGGAGAGCCUGCGAGUGAACCGGAGCCUGAUAAAUUACAUCCUGAGCCCACAUCCGAACCCGUAUCUGAACCUAGUAGUGAGCCUACCUCUGAACCUAAAUCUGAACCUAUUAGUGAACCUUCCUCCGAGCCAAAAUCCGAGCCAAAAUCCGAGCCAAAAUCCGAGCCAAAAUCCGAGCCAAAAUCCGAGCCAACUAGUGAGCCAACUAGUGAGCCCACCUCUGAACCAAAGUCUGAACCAAGUAGUGAACCCGUCUCCGAACCAAAAUCUGAACCCAUUAGCGAGCCUUCUGCUGAACCCAAAUCCGAACCUACUAGUGAGCCUUCCGCCGAACCAAAAUCUCAACCUACUAGUGAACCCAUUUCUGAACCAAAAUCUGAACCAAAAUCCGAGCCAACUAGUGAACCACCCUCAAAACCAAUAUCCGAACCAACAAGUGAACCCUCCUCUGAACCAAAAUCCGAGCCUGAACCCGAAUCUGAACCCGAACCAUCAUCUGAACCCGAACCCAAUGGAAAUUUAGACGUAAUAUCACAUCCCGAGCCCGCAGCUCCACUGGAUACCGAGCCUAGCACCAAAUUGGCAUCAACCAAAGCUCCUGAGAGACCGGAGAUGCACAAGUAUACUCCGAAGCACGAUUUCAAUCCGAUGGAUUGUACUGACAUGGUGAUUGGUAUGGCAAGAGGCAAUACCCAUAGGAUCGGUGACUAUUAUACCAGAGAUCGUUCCACUCCUCGACGUGACGAUUUUUGGGGUGGAAAGGAGAGUCUAACAGCUGCUAUGGGAUUUGAAAAGGAUGGAGUGACUACUAUCGUAUUCAGACGAAAGCUCGCUACCAAUGAGCCCACUGACCACGAGAUUGUCAAUGGAAGUAUGCAAGUAAUAUGGGCCAAGGGACAGGAGCCUGGUAAAUAUAUUCAUCAGCCGGCUAGUGGUAUUGAAAAGAGCAGAGUCAGCGUCAAAGACUUUUAUAAAGCUGAUGAACUCAAGUACCAUGGGCACAGGAGUCAGAGGGGCGUUGCUGCCUUCAAUUUUUUCGAGGAGAAGAACAAGGAGGAAUUUGGGGGGCAUAAUUCACUCCUUGAGAGCGGAAAAUGCGGAGGUGAAUGGAGACAUCCGAGGAACUGUGCGGUUGAAAAUGCCACCUGCGAUUAUUACAUUCGUUGGAUCUACAGGGCGAAGAAGGAUGAAAUGACUUUCACAAUUAUCACAAAGGAUACGGAUAAGUGGACGGGCGUUGGUUUCUCGGAGGACGAGAAAAUGAGUCAAACAGACGCUGUUUUGGGUUGGGUCGACAGGUCGAAUGGUCGUGCCUUUGUCAUGGACACAUGGGUAAGUGGCUAUAACAUGCCCCUUUUGGAUCAAUCGCAAGACAUCAUGAACUACAGCGGUAAACUCGAGAACGGCAUGACAACACUGACAUUCACCCGGAAGCGAUCAACCAAGGAUAGCAAUGACCUAUCAUUUACCGAUGAUCAUUGUCUCUACAUGAUGUUCCCUGUCAAGGGUGGUAUGUUCAAUGCAGUAAACAAAAAGCUGCGUAAACAUCUGAGUAUACCCAUUGUCUCAUCCGAGAGAAUAUGCAUCAAGUCUUGUGGCAUCGAAGAGGAAGACGAGGGUCCCUCUACACCAUCACCAUCGCGACUUUAUUAUGAUGUCGAGGUAAAACUUGUGAAUCUUGGUACUGGCUUCCAAGCACCACAGCCAGGUAGUGAAGAUUUUGAGGUAAUUUCAAACACAAUUUCCGACAAUUUCGGCCCCACUUUGACCAAAUUACCAGGGUAUUACGCAAUUAAACUCAACGAGCUGCAGAGGAAUGGUGAUGAUGGUGUUAUUGCCAAGAUGAAUCUGAUAUUGGACAAAAAUGAGGCAAAGGGAAGAGCCUUGAGGCCGAGUGACACUGUUGCAGUUGCUGAGGGAGCCCUCAAAGAGGCACUCUUGACUGGUAGAGUUGGUUCACUUACGGUUGACCCUCAGUACUUGUUUGUCAGAGCUCCACUAUCUAAUGACCUGGUCGAUGAGUUGGACGAUGGCAUCAGAUCAAACGACUUGUUAAUGGGUGCAACAAAGCUCUACGUUGUCAUUGGUUGUGUUGCUGCGCUGGUUGCUGUAGCACUCCUUCAGGCAACCUGCACUGUGUACAAAGCAACUAGGAAACGUACCACAAAGGAGCGUUUAAUAGCUCACAAUGCUUGGAGGGAUUACUCGACGGGUGCCAAUACAAAUUUUGCCUUCGAGGCAUUUGAAACGGAGGAGAAAGCUCCACCACCGCCAGUAUCGAGUCUUCCAAGGCACAGGGACGUCACGGAUGGUGUUAUACCAAGAUCAAGCAAUGGAAUGAGUACAAUGGAGAAUCACCACCGAUUGAGCAGUCAUCAGCAGCUUUCAGCACCAAGAGCAACGUACAGUCUACCACGUGCCCCUGGUCCACGUCAGCCACCUCCACCUCCUCAGCCAGGGUACUAUACCCAGGAUCGUCGAAAUCAUCGACCCAAGAGUCACCACGGUAAUGGUAUAUCAUCUCAGCAGACAUCUCAGCAGCCAGACUUUUAUUUCAUGCCAAGUCAGAGGAAAUACAGUGGUGAAGUGGUACGUGUCUACGUUGAUUAUGGUAAUCAAAAGCCCAAAUAGAAUUCUCUAAUGCAGAAGAACCUGUCAGACUCUAGGUGAAACGAUGCAGAGUAGUGCUUGUGUACAUAAUUGCGAGAUUUUUUUUAUCAUUGUUAUCUGAGUGACGUUUUCCAGUGGCAAAUCCUCCGGUAUUAACACAGAGAUAUCACGGUGAGAGCGAAAAUACACUGUUAGAAUAGAUAAAAUUUUACGAUUGUGACCCUUUUUUUUUCGAGUUAUAAAAUGCUUUUUUUUUUACUCCACAAAUUUCUAACGGCGUGUGAGUGGUGCUGAAAAUGCCUGGAGUGAAGUAGUCACUGGCGAAGUGUCUCAUUUUUGUUGUAUAUAAAAGAAAGAAAAUAGUGGGCGAGACCUCAUCAAAAAUCCCCGUCACGUGCCCCGAGUCUCGACGUAUUGGACUAGGACAAAAAAAUUCAUCUGUUUUCAUGUAGACGAGGGAUGAGUACUUGGAACAAUGAGAACAAAAAGAAUGUUAUCACUAAAAAAUAACCCUGCGCUCUCCACCAAAGAGACUUAUGUAUUAAUAUUUACAGAACGAUGAUAAGUGCAGGGUAGAGUAAAUCAUAUUUUUUUUCUCGUUAUGGAAUAAAAAACUUGGGCACGUGAUAUAAUGGUAAUGUUAUUGCUCCGACGUCCCAAACCAAGUACCUACGUUAUACUCUAAGAAACAAUUGCAAAGUGCUAUUUAUGUAAGUUACCCCUAACGUACUAUAAUACCUGUAGAUAAAGAGAGAAAAAAAAAUUGAAUGAAAUUUUUGUUCGCGAGAUGUGAAUUUCGAGUGUUAACUCGUAUUAUUUACCCCCCAAGUGCAAUAAAAACGUUUGUACAUUUUUUUUAACCCAAACUUUUUUUUUACAAUUUCAAUAACCUCUCAGCAUUAAAAAGACGACAGGAUUAGAUGAGUAUUUGAAGGUACGUGUCAAUAUCAUUUAUUUUAUUUUGCUCCUUUUUUUUUUAUUAUUUAAGUACUUAACUUAAAGGCAUAUGGGUUCCUCUGGACACAUCCUCUAUUCAUCAAUAAAUCGUUAACGUUAAAACACUCUCUUAACUCUAAUUUUAAUGCUGUAACAUGUUUGUUGUUUAAUUAUCUUAUUUAUAGAAGACUGAGUGUAGUAAAUUGCCAGUGUGCGCUAGCGUUCCCUUGCCUAUUCGUGCAGAGACCUUUUGCUAUUCGUGGCAGAAACUUGAUUUAUCUCUCACUCUGAUACUCACUCGUUUUUAUCGUGAUGUACAUUGCCUGAUCCUGUCAACUCUACAACUAUGUCCCUUGUUUACGUAUUCCUUUUGUUUUGUUUUUGAAGAAUUGUCACUGAAGUUUUAGAUCCACAACAAUAGUAUGCACGUGACACUCGAGGUUUUUUGUUUUUCUUUCUACAUUCCUCAGGAAUUGGGUCGGCCUAACGAGAUACUACAGGCAAGGCCAUUGUCGUGACCCUGUCCAAUUUUCAGUGUUUUUCAGUUUCGCAUAUGUCUCACACACACACUCUAUGAUUUAUCAGCGACACACAUUGGCUCAAUUAAAGUUACUUCAAUGCGAUUAAAUGGUACAUUAUAGUUCAUUUUUCAUUGUUUGUUCGGAGGCACAUUUUCAUCCCCGACCCAGAUGGCAACAAUAGAAGAGAAAAAGUAAAAGAGAGAAAAAAAAAA